GAAGACCAUGUGCAAACAUAGAUAUUAGAGUAUGGUGCAACCAAAAAGAGCAAUGUGAUUAAAUUGAGCUCAUUUUUUCAGUUGAAUUCCUGUGGCGUGCAAAGGAAUUUAAAGAAUGGAGUUAAUUCAUAGACACUCCUUUCAUAUAAAACUGGACGACGGCACUGUACUAACGCGACAUUCUCUUUACUGUACUAUCAUACAACCACCCAUAGUAUCUAUGAUACAACCAUAAGGAGCACGAGAUGGAGCACCUUUUCAAACGACUCGUGUGCUUGUUAGUUGGCUUGUGCUGGUCUAUUCAGUGGACCCGUGCGACAACCAUCAACUCUUUACCUUUUCUAUCAUUGGAUGGCGCGGAGAAUAUGACUACUGUGAACACAGAUGGGGACGCUAGUCUCUCCCGGCCUAUACCACUACCUUCUCCUCUGCCACUAGGAAGCAGGAACGUGUCUACCGCUUGGGUUGCAAUAGAUGGUUUUAUAGUAUUCGAGUCCAGUAACAUCAUUCUUCUCCCUCCACCUUAUCUAUCAAUCAUUAAUGAAAUAGUCAUUGCUCCUUUUUGGGACGAUAUUAUGCUUUAUCCAACUCAAGGCCGUGUGUUGUAUGGCACUUACAACAGCUCCUCUGGUGUAACUCAUCAAGUGAAUGACUUUAUUGCAAGGAACAGAAGUGGUGUUUUAAACUUCACUGCUCAAUGGGUUCUGGCGGCACAGUGGAUUGACGUCUGCCCGUUCAGCCUGUCAUCUCAAUCGUCUUGUGGAGAAAAUUCUAACUCAUUCCAAGUUGUCAUAGCAACAGAUGGUAAUUACACUUUCUCAAUAUUCACCUACUCCUGUGGGUCGCUUAACUCUAUGCGCCAGAGCCCUGUGGUUGGGUAUCACAUUGAUAGCAAUAAUACAAUGGAAUACCCUUGGUCACGUACAGCAAUGGUGACUGAUAUAGACUGCAUUAAUUCUCCUGCAUCGCAAUGGACUAACAUAGUAUAUGGGCUAAGUAAAGUUGCACCGACUGUAAAAAUGCUCAGUGAGGAUGUGUUUACUAUCUUCAAUGGUACAUUCAACAUUAGUUGUUAUGCCGAAGGUAAUCCACUACCAUCUGUCGUAUGGUACAAAGACAACAUACAAUACGAUAUAAAAAACAGCUCAAUCACUUUGGUGUCCUCCUUUACGCUCAUCAGCACGUUAAUCUUUUCUAAAAUCAGCUCUGAUGAUUUUGCUCAUUAUAACUGCAGUGCUGUCAAUUCUGUUGGCUCUAGUGCGAGGUCUUCAACAGUUGAACUAAUCGAACCAAGUGAACUUGCUUUUUUCUCAUUUAGUCAUCAGGGUAUAAAUUAUGUACCCUUGUCUAGCACGUUCUCUACUUCUGCACUUGCUAGUGGUAAGCCAAGGCCUAGUCUUACCUGGUAUGGCCCACGUGGAGAGUUACUAGUCAGCAAUGCUUCGCUUUCAAUUGAGAUUGAUGAUAUUGACAGCAGUGUUGCAGGCAAUGCCUUUAUAUACAAGAAUAGGCGUCUAAGUAUUGCUAGUGCAACAUAUUAUCACAAUGGGACGUAUAUGUGUGUGGCUUCAAAUAGGAUCGAUGCCUUUGGAAGUGUACAUUCUAUUGUUAGGACAAUGACACUUAUUAUUAUUGGUAAACCAGGGCUAAAGCUUAUUACCUCUCCAUUGGUUGCUACUGUAUCAAACUCCUUUAAACUCUCAGUACACGUUAAUUCUAAUCCUCCUGUCAUGCCUAGUAAUAUCAUUUGGAGAUUCCUGUGGAAAGAUGGCAUUGAAAGGACAGUCAUUUGUGAUACCAACUGCUCUUUCUCUGAUAACAGGUUCUCUCUGACUCUUUUUAAUGUGUCAUCUACUCAUGAAGGAAGGUAUCGUGUGUCAGCUCAAAACGAUGCCGGAAUCACCUACCUUUCAUUUUAUUUGAGUGUUCAAUCUCCCACGAUCAUCACGUCUCCCCCUAGUAACAUCAGUGCUCUAGUUGGUCAGAACAUCACUCUCUCAUGUACAGCCAUUGGUCUCCCAAAGCCACUCAUUACGUGGAACAAACAAUGCACUGGGUCCAAUCUCACAUCAAUUUGGACAUUAAAUGAGGCAUACAGUCGCUUUGCCUCAGGUGUCUAUGAAGUGGUGUCUAGUAUUGAACUGAUUGAUGUUGAUCACAAGGAUGGCUGCUAUUAUUACUGUUAUGCCAACAGUAAUGCUUCUAUUGUUGAUAACAGUGAUACUGCAAGAGCUUUUGUAACCAUACAAAACACUCCAUUUAUAGAGCUGACUACCCUACCAAAAUACGUAUUAGCCCAUUCUUCCAUUACUCUUCAAUGUAAUGCGUCUAGUUUUCCCACUCCCACUGUCUACUGGUACAAAGAUGGCCUCCCUCUGAACGAAACUGGCCGCAUCUCUAUUACAUACUCAGCUACAGAAACACAGAACCAGUCCAGCCUGCUAAUAGAGAGCCUUGAGGUGUUAGAUAGAGGAGUAUACUUGUGUAAAGGUGUUCAUGAUUGGGUGUCAAGGAGAGAAGCCAGCAAGUCGUUGAGUUUGGAUAUCUUUGAUCCUUCAAUGUUGACUCAAAGACCAGUCUCAGUCUCAGUCCUGGUUGGUAAACCCCUACAGAGGAGUUGUGCCUCAAUCGGCUACCCUGCCCCUAUCAUCCAGUGGUCUUAUGUGACUGGGAAUGGGUCUAGAAAUAUUUCCGGUUCCAUUAGCAACAGCAUCAGCUUGUUGACAAAUGGCUCUUAUAGCGUUGUGUCUGUCCUGGAGUUUGCUAGUGUGACUGAAAGUGAUGAUGGACGAUACUUGUGUAGCGCUAGUAACACACUGCUAGGAGAUACAGCUAGAGAUGAAGCUCACUUUAAUAUUAGCAUUUGGAUUAUUCCUACUAUCAGCAUAUUAAAUACUACUACAAUUGGGUUGAGAGGUCUACCAUUUACUAUACACUAUACGAUUACUAAAACCAACCCACCUGUCACUGGUAUUAAGUGGCUUCAUGGUAACACUCCAAUCACUACCAGCAGUAGCCAAUACACUCUGACUGGGUAUGGGCUCACUAUUAACUACUUGGAAUUCAGUGAUGCUGGUAUUUACACUGUCAGGGUUACUAAUGAAGCUGGCAAUGAUUCAUCAUCAAUUGAAAUCUUUGUUGAAGCUUCUCCUAAUGUAUCAAGUGUUCCAGUACAGUCAGUAUUAUUGUAUAAUAAUGUCACGCUGACUUGCAAUAUAAUAGCCAGACCGGUUAACUUCAUGGUGCUGUGGUAUCAUGGCAGUGAAGUGAUUAAUGCAACACAACUCAACGGGAGAAUCGAAAUGCAUCAGAACAGUAACUCAAGCUCUAUUGUUAUUAGGAAUGCCAGUCUGGAGGAUGGAGGAGUCUAUCGUUGUGCUGUCUCCAAUGUUCAUGGUAAUGGCUCCUCCACAACAACACUCCUAGUACAAAUUCCUAUAGGAGAAAUCAGUGGCCCAAACAAUAAUGUUGUUAUCAAGGGCCAGGCAGUGAACUUUUCUUGUACAGUGAUGGGGUACCCUCCUCCUAAUAUUACUUGGUGGAAGAGAAAUGGACACAACUCCAGCAUUAAUGAUACCCUGUUACCAAUGGAGGCUGGUCACUAUACCUUCAGCUAUCAAUCAAGGGAUACUGUUUCUACUAGCAGGCUGAGUAUCAGUAAUGUGUCUUUGGAUGAUGAAGGGAAGUAUUUCUGUAUUGCUAGACAUCAGGGUUUGGUUUUAGAUGUAGAAAGAGUAUCAGUUGUUUCUACAUUACAAGUGGCAGUUAUUCCAGUCAUUACUGAGUAUUCUCACAAUACCUCAUCACUGGUCGGUGAGUCUGUCUUGCUUCAAUGCAAUUUCAAAGGUCGACCACUCCCUUCCCUUGAGUGGAGGUACAAUGAUCAAAUAUUCACUGGAAACAGUUCCAAGUAUAUUAUAACUAAUGAUGGAGGGCUUCUGAUUAAUGAUGUGAGGUUGAUUGAUGCCGGUCAGUAUUAUUGCAGUGUCUCUAAUGAUUUUGGCAGCGAUACUAUUGCUACUGAGCUUUCUGUACAGGCUCCUCCAGUCCUUACUUCAUAUCCUAAUGAUAACAUUACAUCUGUUGUUGGAGCACAACUAUUACUCAAUUGCUCUUGUAAUGGGUACCCUCUACCAACAAUCCAAUGGAGAAAAAAUGGAGCAUUCCUUAGUGAAUCACUCUAUAAUAUAACCACUUCUAUUGUGGUACUUGAUGAAGCUCCCUCAGUUAUUGGUAGUGUCCUGAGUUUCUCACCUCUUACAGCUGGUAAUGGUGGCCAGUAUGAUUGCAUCUGCCACAAUGACUUAGCAAGAAACAUUACUGUUAGCUCUCAAAUGAUACUAGUUUCAUUAUUAUCUCCACCAUCAGUAUCUCCAGUCUCAUCAACCAGUACUUACGUUAACAUUUCAUCUCAAGUGCUCCUCAUUUGCUCUGUGUCUGGUAAUCCUUUACCUGUAGUCCAGUGGACAAAAGAGGACAGAGAAGGAAUAAGGACCACUCACAAUGGAAUGGCAACCACUGUCAUUAAAAAUACCACAACACUCGAGUCAACUUUGAGCCUUGUGAAUGUUACUGAGAGUGAUGCUGGCAGAUAUUAUUGCACUGGUAUAAACAAUGUCACUAAUUAUCCUGACUAUAAUGAGAGGACUUAUUUUGAUCUGUUUGUCCAAGUUACUCCAGUGCUUGUUCCUGACAAGAAAUAUGUAGCAGGUGUUCACAAGCGAUCAAAUCCUUUGGAUAACUCUACUCUCACCUUUAAUAUCAAUAGCAAUGUCUUCCCUCCUAUUAACUUUAUCCAGUGGACGUAUACUUCAUUUAAUAAUGGAAUCGAAUCAUCUCAUCCCAUUACUCCAUCGAGUCACUACUUGUUAGUCAAUGGAUCUCGUUUCAUUCGGUUGGUGAUAGUAGGCGUGAGGCUUUCUGAUAAUGGAACUUACUCUGUUAGAGUGGGUAAUGCAGGAGGAAUAGGAACCGGGUCUGUGCAUCUCAAUGUAUCAGUUGAAUCAGCAGUUAUCUCCUCUCAGCAAUUAAAUUACACCCUGGGAGAAGGAAAUCGAAUAAGCUUUACCUGUAUUGCUGAUGGGGUCCCAACGCCAUCGAAAUUUAACUGGUUCCGGAACAACUCCCUCCUAGAUCCAGCUCUUAAUAGAAGGAUUAAUGUUACUAAUACGCUAAGGACUGGAUUCAGGACUAAUAUCUCCUCUAGUAUAGGAGGGCUGGAGAGUGUAUUGGUUAUUAAUGAUGUGUACUAUCCUGAUGACAUUGGUCUUUAUUAUUGUAGAACUUUUAAUGGAAUUGGACACAUUGCGACAAUAGACCCACCGUUCAACUUGAAUGUUUUGUCUCCUGAACGAGAUUUUUGUAAGAACAAUCUGUGUGUUAAUGGUGCAACCUGUACUGGUACUAUCUGUCAAUGCCCUCCUAAUUAUUCAGGAAGAUACUGUGAAAAAGAAUCUCUGACAUUGGAGUCUCCCAGAAUCAUAGUCCCUCCAUCUAACACUACAGGGGACCUCUAUGGAACUGUAGUACUCAACUGUACUGUGUCUGGAACACCCCAGCCUCGCGUGACCUGGUUCAAAGACGGACGUGAGAUAUCUGAUCAAAACCUUGAUGAGUAUAGUUUUGUGAUUCGUGAGCUGAGUUUGCCUGAUCGUGGGUUUUAUCAGUGCCAGGCAGUGAGUGAAAUGCCAAAUGGGACCAUACAGACUACAAAUAGGACAGGCCCUGUGGUUGUUAAUAUUAAUGGUAUUGUUCAGUAUACAGCUUCUCUGUAUGUCCCUGAAUCAAAAAGGGAUUCACUUGCUACUGCCACACCAGACGAAUCAAGAAGAAUAUUACAAGAAUUUGUGGAUGAAGUGAAUGAGAUUGUUGCUGGCAAAAUACUAGCAGGAGGCAAUGAAUUAUUCUUCAUAGAACUGCUAGCAAGCAGUCAGUACAAUUCAUCAGAUCACACUGUCCCAGUGCUUUUGACUAUCAUUACUAAAGAGAGAGGAAGCUUGGAGCUUCUCAUUAAAGUGAGGGAUCAAUUGAAAAAGCUUAACAUUGGCUUCAAAGUUGAUGGGAUUUUUGACAGAUUCGAUGGUUGUUCCUCAGAAACUAUCCUGAUUCCAUCAGUAACAGAUCCUUCAUUAGCUAUAUCACUAACAUGGCCUGAGACAAAUAUAGGAGAAGAGGCUGUAGUGUGGUGUCCCUGUGGAGGGGUCAGCCUGGGGAAUGGUACACUGUACGCCAGGCGAUAUUGUGGAGGGAAUUUUACUGAUGGGAGAGAGUGGGGAAUGGGCCAUUUCAGUCCUUGUAAUUUCACUGAUAGAGCAAGAAGGAUUUGUAAACUAGCUGAACUACCGCCUAAAGAUCUAGUGAAAAGACUUACUUCAGAGAACAUUGAUGAUUUUGACCCGAGAGAAAUAUCAGUUUUAUCUUCUGUACUGCUCUCAGCUCAAGAUGGAGUCAUUGGACAAACAAAUGCUAGUAAAGACAUGUUUUCAGUCACCAGUAGUAUUGCCAUGCUCGACAGUGACACUUUACGUAUGGCUCAAAUCCAGUCAAGUGCCCCCUCAAGAUUGCUUCAAAACCUAGAGAUAGUCACUAACAAUCUCCCACUGGUUGACACAGACUCUGUACUCACAAAGCUUCCUGCUUUUACCAUUGAAGUACGGAAAGUCGAAAAAGGUGAUUUCCAAGGAGAAACUUUUGAAAUCGGUAACAAAGAAGGAACCCAGCGGCAAAGACAAGCUACAGGAGGUGUUAAUGCUGCUUCAAUCAGUGUUCCACCUAGUCUUCUUGAGGAAGCUGGAGAAUUAGAAGAUGGAGGGGUUGCAGUGUCAAGCAUAUAUCAUAGAAGUACUUCAUUGUUUGUGGAGGAAGCUGGGAAAAGCAAUGUAGGCACUUCAGUCAUUUCAGCUACACUAGUUCAUAAUGGGACUGGAGUAUCAGUCAGGAAUCUGAGCUCUCCUGUAGUAAUAAGAUUUGAGAAACCUCCAAAGCAAAGUGGGUUGAUUAAUCAUUUCACAUGCUCUUAUUGGAGUGAAUCAACACUUGAUUGGUCCAAUCAUGGUUGUCAUUUAGUCAAUGAUAGUAAUGAGUUUAUUGUGUGCUUGUGCGACCAUUUAACUAACUUUGCUGCUCUCUUGGAUGUUUCACCAGAGCCUAGUUCAGAGCCUGUUGAUACAGAUAUUGGGAAGGCUCUUAAUGCUUUGUCAUACAUAGGGAACAUAGUCUCUUUGUUUUGUUUAGGCAUAACAAUAAUCACUUAUCUUAAAUCAAGGAAAUUAAGGAGAUCUGAUCACGGUCAACUCCUACUCAAUUUUUGUUUGGCACUGGUUGGGCUUUACUUAAGCUUCAUCCUAUCUCUCCACAGCACUUCAAUUGAUCCACUCUGUGCCAUAGCCUCCAUUCUACUCCAGUACUUCUUGCUAGUAUCAUUUUGUGCGAUGGCUACCGAGGCUCUUAAUCUCUAUGUGAAACUGGUCAUUGUUCUUGGCAAAGGAAUAUCACGCUAUGUCUUGAAGGCUGCUCUAUUCACUUGGGUCACUCCUGUCUUUGUGGUUCUAUUUUGUUUUGCUCCUGGCUACAAGUAUUAUAUGAACGAUAAUUUCUGUCGUGCUGAGUACAUCCCAUUCUACAUUGGGACAGUGGCCCCGUUUAUUCUCAUCUACUUAUUCAAUUGGGCCAUGUUUACGAUGAUAAUGGCUCAGCUGCUCAGGAAAAAAUGUCGCAAGAAGUUUGCAGAGUCUUAUUCCGAUGAAACUGGAAUGUCCUUUAAGCAGCAACUCUUGAUAGCAAUCACUCUCUCUAUCCUUUUCGGCCUCGGCUGGGGUUUCGGUCUUUUUGUAUCUGCAACUAUUUUCACGUCGGCAACAAUUCGAAACAUAUUCUCGGUCAUUUUCAUAUUGUUGACGUCAUUCCAGGGACUGUUCAUCUUCAUCAUGCACUGUCUUAGAUCAGCCGAAGUGAGGAAAGAGUGGCAGAGGUGGAUUUUUAGAAUCACUGGCGUCAAGAGAUUCGAACCACCCUCUUCAGUGACGAACUCCUCAGUUAUUCGUAGACGUAGCACUAAAUCGUCUUCAUUCUCAAAGUCUACGUUAAGACGUGAAGGAACCGUUGAAAGUGAUGAGUCAGGGCCCAUCACAGAAAGGACUAUAGAGCUGUCACUAGGAAAGGCUCUGGAUGAUAUUGUGUUCCCUGUGCCUCCAAUAGAGCUGAAAAAAGUUAGCGAACUUUUCCCAAGCACUUCAGGCCCUCAUUUUGGUCAUGACACUGACUCUGUUAACUGUGUUAGUUUAGAUAACCCGUUUCAGUUCAGUACGUGUGAUGCUCCUGACUCCAUUCGCUCUCCUUUGUCUCCUUUAGCUCCACAUCAAAUCAGUCAUUUGGAUAAUCCACUUACGACGUCAGAUAGCGACAAAAAUGGAGUCAUUAACGAUAGUAUUUCAUCGCAGUAAAAACUGAAUAUGUAUCAAUCAUUGAUUUUUUAUUGUUUUAUUAUUAUUAUUUUCUAUUAUCCACACACUCACACUUUACUGUACACUCUUUUAUCAAAAGUCAUGGCAUUCAUUA